UUAGGUGGCGGCGUGGUCACUCUGCUUUGUGGUCAUACGAAAAAUAAGUUUUUGGUAUUCUUCAGCGUACGUGUACGAACGUUUUAUAAAAUAUGGUGGACGAACAGUUAUCUGGCGCUUUGCGAGACUUACCAGGCAAAGUUCUUAACGUGCCUGUUGAGGAACGACAACUUAUAUUCCGAAAUGUUUCGUCAGUUUUAAAAAAUCCUGCGCGCCGAAUGUAAGCCGUUUCUUUAAGGACGAAAUAGGCGUUUUGUGUAUAUUGCUGUCCAACUCACUCAAAUAAUCCUUAAUUGGAUUGAGAUAAGGUGAUUGGGGAGACGUUUCCAAGACUGUUGGGCAGUUAUAAAGCAACCGGGAUCCUAUUUUACGGGCCUUCUGCUUCGUGGCGUGUCCUUAUACAACUUAAAGGUUCCCAAUGCCCAUUUUCUCCGCCAACUGCUUCAAAUUUUCAUUCAACAUUUGUAGGUAGUGGUUCUUUAUAUCAAAAAUAAAUACAAGAUUUUCCCGCCGUGUUUCAAUGUUGGUCAAAGGUGUUCUUUUUGGAGCUCGGGAUUUCGUACUUUUUAAAGUACUCCUUGGUAAAAUGCUCCCUUUAUUUCCGGUUUAUCUCAGCCAAAUAAAGGGGUCUUAGUUUUUUUUUUAGUGGUACUUCGAACGGCGGCUUUCACUGAAACGGUCUUGUCGAGGUCGGCUAGAGUUGGCCGUUCAAUUCUGAAACACUAAGGCAAAGACUUUUAUUAACCUUUCGGCCUAUUUUAACUUAUUCGCGGUCCGGCCCCUUUGCUUAAUUGGCCAUUCUUCAAUUAUUUUUAAAUCUUCGGAAGUCUCCUUAUAUGUCUUCCCAUCCAGAUGAAACUAGAGUACAAGUUUUUACUGCUCCAAGAAAGAAUUCUUAAUUGUGCGGCCCAUUUUAAACUCGUGACUAAAAUUUAUUGCUUACGGUUUGUUUGGUGUUAACUAUAGUGGUCUUAAGUAUACCAAUAAGAAAACAAUUUUCUUCCUUAGGAUCCGCUGUAAGCCAUACGAAAAAUUCAAUGUUUUUGUUUUUUUUUUAAUGUAUUUAUUCAACGAAUGUUACAUUAAAGUAUGACAUUUGAAAAAUCUCUUACCUCAUUUGUACAAAAAAAUAUUCAACAAUAUGCCAAUGGUAGCAAUUAUCCGGAAUUGUAUCGAAAAAAAGUUGAAUUGCGUUGCCCCUCAUAACUCACCGCUGGGUCAUUAGAAAUCAAAAAAUCCAAGUUCAUUCGUUAGAUAAUAGUAAGCGCUAGGUAACGCUGUCAAGUUAUUUUUUAAAAUUUGUUUUUGUAAAAUUAAAAUUAUAAAUAAAAAAAUGAACACACAUUCGAGCACCGGCUUUGAAACCGUAAGUUGUAGGUAAAACGCUUUAAAGCUUUAAAUACAAAAAAUCCAGUGUAAAUCGAAAAACGACAAAUUUAAUUGAUUUUGGACAUUUUGUCACAAUAUUCUUCUGAUAUUAUGCAUUCAAUUAAAAAUAAAAAAUACCUUACCCACCACGGCAAAAUUUUUGGUGUGGAUUUUCGAUCUUGCUAGUCUGCUGCAAUAAGGGCUUAAUGUCGCAUUCGGCUAACGGCUGGUGUUAAUGGCCUGAAGGCCCGCUCAACCGCGGGAAGUUUAAAUCAGACGGGGAACAACUUUUUAUACCCUUGCAGAGUGUAUAAUGAUUUCAGUUAGAAGUUUGCAACGCAGAGAAGGAGACGUUUCCGACCCCAUAAUAUAUAUAUUCUUGAUCAGCGUCACAAGACGAGUCGAUCUAGCCAUGUCCGUCUGUCUGUCCGUCCGUUUCUACGCAAACUUGUCUCUCAGUUUUAAAGCUUUCGGGCUGAAACAUUCCCAGAAAUCUUCUUUCUAUUGGAGGUAGUAUAUAAGUCUGAACCAGCCGGAUCGGACCACUAUAUCUUAUAGCUCCCAUAGGAACUAUCGGGCAAAAAAUUAAAAAAAAAUGAUAUCUUCGGUGUUUUUUAAAAUAUAACCUAAGCUUGGAAAAAACGUUUUUUAAUUAGUUCUGAAAUUUGAAUUAAAUUUUAUCAAAAUCGGACGACUAUAUCAUAUAGCUGCCAUAUGAACAAUCGGAAAAUUAGUGGUAAAAUAAUAUGGAAAAAAUUAUAUCUUCGGUGUUUUUUAGCAUGUAACCUCCUACGCUUGGAAAGAAUAUUUUUUAUUGGUUUUGAACUUCGAAUUAAAUUUUAUCAAAAUCGGAAGAUUAUAUCAUAUAGCUGUCAUAGGAACGAUCGGAAAAUUGGUGGGAAAUAUGAAAAAAAUAUAUCUUUAGUGCUUUUUAGCUUGCAAAUAACAUUUUCAAAAUUUUUAAGAAUUUCGAAUUCAAUUUAAUAAAAAUCUAACAUAUAGAUGUCAAAAAAUGGUCUAAAAAAGAAUGAAAUGAUUUAUUUUUAAUAUCACUAAAGUCAGCAACAAUCUUUAAAAAUUGUACAUGGUGUUAGCUUAUAAACCUCAUGAUCGAGAAAGCAAGAGAGGGAGAGAGAGAAGGAAGCCAAGCAACGGCAUUCUACAAUUAGAUUCCCAUACGUACGAAACUUGCUUGAAAAAAUUACGCCGCCUGUGUACAUUUUCCCACUCCUCGUUGCGCAUCUUGGUAUUCUAUUGUCUUUGGUAACACCAUGUAAAAUUUUUAAGGAUUGUUGCUAGUUUCAGUAAUAUAUAAAAACAAUUAUUUCUUUAUUUUUUGACUAUUUCUUUAACAGGUAAAUGUUAGAGUAAUUUGUAAAUUAAAUGCAUAAUAUCUAAAGAAUUUUGUGUCAAAAUUUGAAGUUAAUUAAACCAAUAUUGUCGAAGCAAUGAGUAUUUUUAUAUCUGUCGGAUUUUCGUUUUGCACUGGAUUUUUUGUGUUUAAAAAUAACUCACGUUUUUAAAGUCAGUGCCCAUCAUAACAUCAAAACUACUGCCCCGAUCCUUUUGAAAAUUUAAUCACUAUUUCUGAACAUUUUUUACAAGGUAACGUUCUCGAAUUUUUUGUUCAUAAUUUUGAUGUUACAAUGGCAAAUUAGCCGAUUUUUCCCCAACAAAUUGUGUUUUUCAACUUCAAAAUCUUUAAAAAAAAUUCAAAAAUUGAAAUUUUAUAAAAAAAAGAUCUUGAUAGCGUUACCUGGGGCUAACUUAUACCUAACGAAUGAACUUGGAUUUAUUGAUUUAUGAUGGCACCGUAAUUCAACUUUUUUCCAAGACACGCCCGGACAAAUGCUACCAUUGCCAUAAUUUUGAAUAAUUUUUUGUAAAAAUUGGAUAAAUUGGAUUCUUUGAAAGUAAUACUUUGAUGUAAAUACAUUUUAACUGUGCCGUCAGAACAAGUUUGACCUCAUAGUAUGCAUAUAGAUAUGAUACAAUAUACAACUAAUGGGAUCAUAUUUUAUAACUCUUUGGCUCUAGCAGCAAACAGACGCAAUUUCAACUGUUCUUAUCAAAAAAUGUCCAUAGUUUAACAAAACAAAGUAUAAAAUAUAUAUAUAUAUAUAAAUCUGCGCUGCGUGCCGCCCCUGUUCCAAAGGUCAGAUUUUCAUUGAAUUUUUUUGCAUUUCCAGUUCACAACAACAAAACAAAAUCUUCAUUUGAAUAGAAUAUAGGGGUCAGAAUAUGGCAUUUUAGGCACUUUUUGGAAAAUGUUGCACUCAGUCAUUAUCCCAUAUCUUUGGAAUGCUUAAAGAUAUCUUUAUGACAAUGUAAAAAUUGUCACAAUUUUUUUUAGGUUCUAUAAUUUAUUAUUUUACCAUGCUUCUGGGACUUCAUUUAACUUGUCAUUUCUAUACACUUUACUCGUAGAGUAAAGUACUUUCGACGGAAAAUAUGUAACAUGUAGAAGGACGUAUUUCCGACCCUAUAAAGUAUAUAUACAUAUAUCCUAAAAAGGAUCACUAGACGAGUCGAUCUAGCUAUGUCCAUUUGUCUGUCCGUCUGUAUGAACGCUGAGAUCUUAGAAACUAUUAAAGGUAGAAAGUUAAGUUAAACGUAGAUUCAUGAGCUUCUUGCGCAGCGCAAGUUUGUUCCAGCAAGGUGCUACGCCCACAAACUUAAAACCGCUGAUUUCGAACUCAGAGGCCGAAAAGGGAGAGACCGAAAAGAAAAGGAGAGGCUAUUAUUAUUAUGAACGGAACCACUACAUAGUUUUUUAAUUUAAUUUUUUUCUUGCAACCUUUUGUUCUUUAGAAUUUUGAAAAACUCAAAACUUUAGAAACUAUGUAAAUUUUAAGUUUUUCACAACAAAACCAAAAAGUCAAAAAUUAUUCAUGGAAUCAUUUGUUUACCGCUAGUUAUCGUUUGUCCACCCGUUAGAAUUGUGAAAAAGUCCAAACCACUUUAAAAAUGUUCACCACAUUUCAGAAACCAAAAAGUCAAAAUUUUCAAAAUUCUUUUCUUGGAAUCGUUUGUUUACCGCAAGCCAAUGAGAGGUCAUCUCAUUAGAGUUUUGAAAGAGUCCAAACUUAAGUAAAUAUGAGAAUUUUUAGUUUUUUACUACUUUGGACAUUUUGGUUUUUUUUUUUUAAUGGUUUACGCACCUUUUUAAAACGAAAUCGUGGAAAAUAAAGUUUUCAUAAAACUACCUCAAAAAUGUUGUUUUACUGCUAGCCCAAUAUUUUAAAUUGAUAAUAUUUUAUUGCCCCCAUGCUACAUAGUCGUGGUAGUAGUCGAAAGGAUUAUGCAAAACCAAAACAGGUAAUUAAAACAUAUAAUGUUUGUAACAGGUAGUUUUUUAAAUAUUUCUAAACAUGAAUGGUUGUUUUUUUAGGGUUUUAUAUUGUUAUUGUGCAAAAAGAUGAACAUUGUUUAGGGGUUUUACAGCAUAACUGGUAAUUCGGCAACCAUCUCCAAUUUUAAACCCGAAACACUUAUCGCAAUUAAAACUUGUCGCGUUCCUCCUAGAAUCUCAUAAUAGGUAUAAAAACAACACCCACAGCGCAGAAUUAGUCUAAUUUUUUAAGUUCUUGAUUUCGAAUUUAGUUUUAUUAAAAUUGGAUCAUAUAUUUAGCUGUUAUAAGAAACAUCGAAAAAUUAAUCGGAAAAUAAUAUGAAACAAAUUAAAGCUUCGGUGCUUGUUAACAUAUUAUAUUAUAAUAUUGGGAAUAUGAUUUUUUAUAUUUUUAAGAGCUUCGAAUUAGACCAAAUAAAAAUCGGAACGACUCUAACAUGUAGCUGUCAGAGAAAUAUUGAAAUAAUUUUUUUUUAAUAUCACAGAAGCAUGGUGUUAUUAGCAUUGAUUAUUUCUUAUAACUGCAUGGUUAUGGAAACUUCGGCUUGCCGAAUGUAACUUCCUUUCUUGUUGUUGAUUGAUUCCUUACAGUGAAGAGGCAUUGUGCUGAGUCUUUUUAAAGACUUGAAAUUAUUAUUAUGAAGUUUUAUUUCAAAUUUACUUAAGCUUGGACUUUUUCAAAAUUCUAAAGAGUAGACAAAGGAUUCCAUGAACAAAAAACUGAAAAAAUUGGCAUAUUUUUUUAAGUUUGGACUUGUUCACAAUUCUAAAGGGUGGACAAAGGAUAGACAAACUAUUCCAAGGAAAACAUUUUGAAAAAUUCAACUUUUUGAUUUUUAAAAAUGUUUGAAAUUUGAUAUUUUGGAUACAAAAAACUAAAAGGUGGAUAAACGAUUCUCGUUUUCAAAUUUAAAAAAUGUCAUUUAACCGAACCCAAUUACAUUAAGCUAGAAAUUAUCGAGUGUGGCACCGAAGUAUACUGUCGAUCCUGAUGUGAAGGUAAUUGAUCAUGGCCCCCAGUAUAGAAGGCGAUUCAUUUAAAUGAGAAGAAGUUCUUGAAGAUGAUUCGGUGUGGCACCUGACGGUUGUCUGAAAAGCGCAUUUGUUGACCACCUUGGGUCCGAGAUCGAGACCCGGUCUGCUACUUCUAAUGUUUGCUCGAAUAGCCAAGCAGGUCAUCGCAAAGCAAAAAAAACUUUGGCAGCUAACCUUAUGUUGGAGGUUCACAACAAAAUAUAUCGCAAAAUUAUUAAUAAAAUAACUUUUUUUUUUAUAUUUGUACAAAUAAAAGCACAAAGUCACGUUCAUUUUUAUACCCUUGCAAAGGUUAUAUUGAUUUCAGUCAGAAGUUUGCAACGCAGUGAAGGGGACGUUUCCGACCCCAUUAAUAUAUAUAUUCUUGAUAAGCAUCACUAGACGAGUCGAUCUAGCCAUGUCCGUCUGUCCGUCCGUUUCUACGCAAACUAGUCUCUCAGUUUUAAAGCUAUCGGGCUGAAACUCUACCAAAAGUCUUCUUUCUAUUGCAGGUAGUAUAUAAGUCGGCAUCAGCCGGAUCUAACAACAACAUCUUAUAGCUCCCAUAGGAACUAUCGGGGAAAAAAUUAAAAAAAAAAUGAAAUCUUUGGUGCUUUUAACAUAACCUCCUACACUUGCAAAUAACCUUUUUUAAUAAGUUCUGAAUUUCGAAUAAAAUUUUAUUAAAAUCAAACGACUGUAUCUUAUAGCUGUCAUAGGAAUGUUCGGAUGGGUGGGUAAAUUAUAUGAAACAAAUUAUAACUUCAGUGUUUUUUGACAUAUUAUAUUAUGGGAAAUACAAUUUUUUUGUAUUUUAAGAAUUUUGUAUUAGUUUUAAAAAAAGUUGGACGACUCAAACAUAUAGCUGUCAAAGAAAAGGUCAGAAAAAAUAAUAAAAUAUUUUUUUCUUAAUAUCACUAAAGCAACAAUCCUUAAAUAUUUCACAUGGAGUUACUAACGUAGAGUAUUUCUUACAACUGCAAGGAUUUUUUAUUCUCCCACAUCAAGGGGAAAAUCAUUGGUUUUUUUCAGUUUGGUUAUAUAUUCUUAAUCGGAAUCACUUGAGUCGAUCUAGACAUGUCCGUAUAAAUAAACCACUCCUACAGUUGUAAUGUAAGAAUACAAUUUUUAAUAAAAAUGUAUCAAACGAAAACUUCUUUUAACAAGGUAAAUUUUCUAGUGACGAUCGCACCCACAGCAAACAAAUGUUCUGAUUAAAUAAAUGCAUUUUCUUAAGUUUUUACAUUCGGUACGCUGUUAUUAAAUAUGCUUGGGUGAAUUUUGUGAUAAGCAGUACUAUGCUAUUUGCUGUGUUUAGCAGAUCAACAUGUUACCGGAUUAAUGAUGGAAUUCUUAAGAUUUUCUGCUAAAUGCACAUGAUUACUAAUCAUGAUUAUUGAAACAUUGCUGUUUUCGUAUGUCGAAGUUAGAACUAUGGAAUUAUUAUUAACAAGAAAGGAAUUUAACUUCGGCACUGUAUACGCUUGCAGUUAUAAGAAAUAAUCAACAUUAGUAAAUAAUUUGUUUCACGAUCGUUCCUAUGACAGCUUUAUGAUAUAGUCGUCCGAUUUUGAUAAAAUUUAAUUCGAAAUUCAGAACUAAUUAAAAAAUGUUAUUUUCAAGCUCAUAAGGUUAUAUGUUAAAAAACACGAAAGAUAUAAUUUUUAUUUCAUGUUUUCCUAUUCAUUUUCCCGAUGGUUCCUAUGGCAGCUAUAUGAUAAAGUCGUCCGAUUUUGAUAAAAUUUAAUUCAAAAUUCAAAGCCAAAUAAAAAAUGUUAUUUCCAAGCGUAGGAGGUUAUAAGUUGAAAAAAACCGAAGAUAUAAUUUUUCAUAAAUAUAUCUAUGCUAUGGUGCUUUUUGACACAUAACCUUAUAAGCUUGGAAAUAACAUUUUUUAAUUAGUUCUGAAUUUCAAAUUUAAUUUUAUCAAAAUCUGACGACUAUAUCAUAUACAUGACUUAGGAACGAUCGGAAAAUUGGUGGCAAAAUAAUAUGAAACAAAUUAUAGCUUUGGUGUUUUUACAUUUAACCUCUAAGCUUGGAAAUAACAAUUUUUCAUAAUUUUUGAAAUUCGAAUUCAAUUUUAUCAAUAUCGGACGACUAUAUCAUAUAGCUGUCAUAGGAACGAUCUGAAAAUUGAUGGGAAAAUAAUAUAAAACAAAUUAUAGCUUUUGGUCUUUUUGACAUAUAACCUUCUAAGCUUGGAAAUAACAUUUUUUAAUUAGUUUUGAAUUUCGAAUUACAUUUUAUCAAAAUCGGACGACUAUAUCAUAUAGCUGUCAUAGGAAGAGUCGGAAAAUUAGUGGGAAAAUAAUAUGAAAAAAUGAUUUAUUAAAGUUGAUUAUUUCUUAUAACUGCAAGGGUAUACAAACUUCGGCUUGACGAAAUUAACUUCCUUUCUUGUUUUUAUUUGUGUUUGUUUCAUAAGUGAAUAGGAUCAGGAUAUAAAAAACUAAAUUUACUUCUUUAAAAUAAAUUGAUAAACUGAAUUGAAAUUUGCUAUGUGUCUGAAGCUCAGUUCCGUAGUCAUGUAGUCUAUGCAAUAGGGAUCUAUUAGUGUCUAGUGUUUCGGUUGUUGAAAGAUUUUCUUACGAGGAUUAAACUCCUAAUUUUUUUUGGACAAUCUUAUCGAAGUCUUCCGAGUGUCUUGCGUAGUCACAAAAUAGCGACUUAGACUUGGGACAUGUAUGCCGAAGCCAAGAUCAUCUCUGUUCCCUCAGCAGCUAGGAAUUUGGCAAAUUCUAGUUCCGAGGUGGUAAGGCUGGAAUGUCAAAAAUACUGAUUCAUUCGACCCAAAAAAAUGAAUUUUUUUUUUUUUCACACGAUACGGUAUACUUCAAAAAAAUUAUUUUAUUAGCAAAUUAAAGUACAAAAAAUUUAGCCGUUGGCAGCCAAGCAAGAACGAUCCUCCAAGAACGUCAAACGCCAAAAAUUGUUCAUUAGUUAAAAAGUUUCCGGAGGUAACUAUGUCCAGUUGCUCUUUUUUUUUUAUUAAUUUUUAGUAACACUUUGAAGUAAAAAAAGUAAUUUUACCCUUAAUUCAAUAUAUUAAUUAUUAUUAAAUUAAAAGUAACCCCCCAUCAGUACAUCAGUACCUGCGGAUUCAUGUACAGAAACAGUGUUCCCAAUUUAAGAACGAUCGCUACAUUACAGGUAAUUUAGAUGCCGUUUGAAUGAUGCACUACUUUUCUUAACCCAUUCAGUACUUAUUGAAAAUUCCGAAUUUGUGUAAAAAUCUACUUUUUGAAUUUUUUAUCGCCUUGAAAACUUAAAUUUUUUGAUGCAAAAAGUUUGUUCAAACAAAAAUAAUAGCAACUGCAAAAAGAAUUUUUCAAAAAUCAUUUUGCUCAUAUUUUUUAUGAGUAGCAACUUAAGAAUAAAUAAGUUAUCAACGCACUCAUAACUCCGCGGUUCUACUUCCUACCUAUGGGAAUAGGCCUCUUAACACAUCGCAACUCGCAGCUAUCCCUGGUAGCACAAACCUCAGUGCAGUGCCCGCAUUGCCUCUCCGUCAUUCGUCGUGACGCGAUCGUCCUGCCAUAAAAGUGUUCCCGUAUCAGCGACAAGGCGCUCACUAUAACCCCCUCUAAAGUGAUCCAACAAAAGAUCACACUCCAGCGACCCCUUCCAACCAAAAGCUGAACCUCUAACUGGUUGAAAAUACCGUUAAGUUCACAUUAUAUUAACCUGCCCUGGGAACCACAGCUUGAUCCAGCCCCAUAGGAUACCCAUCUUACUCCAGCUUUACAGGAUACCCAUUUUACUCCAGCUUCACGGGAUACGCAGAAUAUUCCAGCUUCGCAGGAUACACAGCAGCUUGAUCCAGCUUCAUAGGAUAUGCAGCUUUAUCCAGCUUUACAAGACUCACAGUGUCAUCCUGCUUCACAGGAUUCUUAGGUUCACACACACGAGUGUUAAUUUCACGCACUAUUUCAACUUCAUUUAUUGAAAAAACAAGUCACACAAGUAUCAAUUUAAACAAUCGACUCUUAGACAACCAAAAUGAGCUACAGGGAAAGAUCCAACAACUAAUUAAGAACUAUGUCAAGGAUUCGUCAUCCGACGCCACCGAGACGGUUAUUAUUCUAGUAAACUAAACCAGUUCAGAAGAAGUCCAGCAGGCAGCUGACCGAAUUGCCCAUAUCAAAAGAAUGGUCAACCAAUAUAAAACCGACUUCUCAUCAACUUCAAACCUAUAAGAAGUCGGACUGUUCUAAAACAUUUCUAAAUUUAAUCAAGAAAUGUCUAAGCUUUGUUGCAGAAGGACCAUAGACGUACCAAUUGAUCAAUUUGUGCGAGGGCACAAUUUCAGUCCUCACGGCCAGGCCGUUGUUAGCAUAAAAGAGAGGUUGAAGCAGCAUACUUUAAUUGUUCAAUAAAAUGUUUGGUUAAAAUAAACAUGCAGAAAAAAAGAUGUAUGUCUA